AUGGAAACAAUUGUGUGCCUUAAUGUGGAGAUGGUAUAAUAGUUUAAUAGGAGGAAUGUGAUGAUGGACGUGAAUACUAAUUAGAUAGAUGUUUAAAUUGUUCACACUAAUGUCCUUAAUAUUGUAACUCAUGUGCUUAUGGCAUUUGUAUUAAUUGUUAUUCAGGGUUCUAUUUGGAUAUUGUCAGUAAUUCAUGCAAAUCUGAUUGUGGUGAUCAAAUACUGGCAAGUGAUGAAUUUUGUGAUGAUGGCAAUGAAUUUGAAUACGAUGGUUGUUCUAGUGUAUAUAUUAAUGUCAAAUUGGAUGUUUAGAUUGUUAAUUGGAAAGUGUUUAUUAUGCGAUGCACCUCUAAUACUUGUAGAAUCAACAGGUUUUUGUCAAUAUCUAAAAUCAUGCGAAGAUUUAAUCGGAUUAUAUUAUGAUAAAUAAAGUAAUGAUUGCUUGCCAUAAUGUGGGGAUGGUAUUGUUGCAGGCAAUGAAUAUUGUGAUGAUGAAAAUAAUAUUCCUAAUGAUGGAUGUUAUGAAUGCAAAUUUUAAUGUACAAAAAAUUGCCUUAUAUGCAAAGAUGGUAUAUGCUUUGAAUGCGAUAAAGGUUAUACCUUAGAUAAUAACCAAUGUGAUUUAAAUAAAGAAUCUGGCCAAAUUAAUUCUAGCAUUAAUGAUGAAGCCAAAAAAAAAUAAUGA